AUGUCCGGACCUAGGGAGUCGGCUUUCCUGCCGACGAUCAAGUGUUCGUCAUGUGGCAUGCAGGUGGAAAUUUCCAUGAUGGGAGAACACGCGUGUCCUGGGCCUGGGCCUGCUGUCGAGCUAUCACCGCCUCCCGACAGCAACGCCAAGUUCCAAGAUCCGCCUCCCAGGUCAGCCGACCACAAGAUGUACAUGGCGCCAGGCCCGUUGACCCCAGUGAGCCAGUCUGGAGGUUCGCGGAGUGUCUCACCGGCGACGCCGUCCAGACCGUCCUUUGCCGACCAAGCAAGAGACUUCUUCUCAUUUGGCGGUGCUAAAGCGGACGGGCCCGCGCAGGCACCCAAUAAACUCGACGUUAAUGGCCAUCGCAGCUCGAAAAGCGUGGCCGCUGUGACAUCCACACCAGCUUCCACCAAACCCCUUGGUUUCAUGGAACGCAUGAACACCAUUGCCCCUGGGCCGUUCGAUGCUACCCAGCGACCUUCAACGUCCCACGGGGCCUUCCCGGCAAAGAAGGAUUCGACCUCUCGAUUCGAUAUGCCUGUAUCGGCAGAGCCCGGGCCUAUGAAUGAGCGACCAGGAACGAGCAGCUCCAGUUUGUCAUCUGGAAGCAGUGGCGUCCCAUCCACCCCGCAACAGCCCCGGAGGAACAAUUACGAAGGAUUUGGUCCACCAUCGGGGCGCGGGCUGGAUCCCAACGGCAUGGCGCCGCCGAUGAGAGCUGAGACCUUCCCAAGACCAUCGCCGGGCGUUGGCGAAACCCCCCGACGACCAUCGUAUGCGAGUCCGAGAUCCGGUGCGUUGGCUUCCGGGGCGGCCCCCGAAGGCGAGCGACGACCAUCACUGGCUCCCGACACGUCGAGAAAACCUCCGCCGCGCAAGAGCCUCAUCCCCCAGCACUUACCGACGGCCUCCCUCAACUUGGCCGCCGAAUUCGGUGCCAGUAACCCCUAUCACAACUCUACAGACUCUGCCUCUUCAGGCUACUCGACGUUUAGCAACCAAAGUCAGGGGACCGCGCAGACCAGCCCGGCAAGGUCCGAGGUGCGCAACAGCAUACCGGAUGCGCUCAGGGUAAGGUCGCAGGACAAGCCGCGGCCAUCCAAUCUCCGACUCGACCCGGCAGCGGAGAUCGCCCCGCCCGCUCGAUCCCCUGUGCCGCGAUCGCCGUAUCUCAUUCCGGACGGAGAUGAGGAACGCGAUGAUCCGGCUAUCCAGUCUGGCCUGGGCCAGCAGCCGUUUAAGCCAUACAGAGCUUUUAGCCCAGCCCCUGCACCGAGCCAGGAACCCACGCCUGAGCCAGAGCUGGAAUUGGGACCCAAGAACGAAAGCUCUCCUAAACAGCCUUCUCCCAGACAAUCUGCCCCUAAACAGUCACCUCCCAGGCAGUCUCUUCCCAGGCAGUCUCCUCCCAGGGAGCCAACUCCCGUGCAAUCUCCUCCUAGGCGAUCCCAGCCCGCACCAGCGGUGUCGCCUCCCAGACAAUCACCUCCCAGACAGUCCCAGCCUGCACCAGCGGUUUCGCCUCCUAGACAAUCGCCCCCAAGGCAAUCCCAGCCUGCACCGCGGGAAUCUCCCCGAAAGGUAUCCGAAGACCGGAAGGGGUCUAAGGAUCUCAAAGUUUCGUCUCGUGGCGACUGCAAAGCCUGCGGACAACCCAUUACCGGCAAGAGUGUCUCGUCGGCUGAUGGCAGAUUGACUGGAAGAUACCACAAGGCCUGCUUCGUCUGUGCCACAUGCGCGAACCCGUUCACCUCGGCAGAGUUUUACGUCCUGAACGACAAGCCAUACUGCGAGCAGCACUAUCACAAGCUCAACGGCAGCCUGUGCGGAAGCUGUGGACGCGGUAUCGAGGGGCAAUUCCUCGAGGAUGAGUCUCGAACCAAGCACCACCUGGAUUGCUUCUGCUGCCAGGACUGCCGCCGGCCGCUUGCAGAUGGCUAUUUUGAGGUCGAUGGCAAGGCCUAUUGCGAGCGAGAUGCCCUGAGGAGAACUCAGCCGCCACCGCCACCCAACCCCUACCCUCGGGGACCGAUGCGAGGCGGCUACGGAGGCCCUGGAGGUCCUGGUCCACGACCGGGCUACGGCCCUCCUGGACGCAUGGGACCGGGAGGCCCAGGAGGUCCGGGACCUCGACCGGGCUACGGUCCUCCUGGCCUACCCAGAGGACCUGGUCCGUAUGGUGGACCGCGACCGGACCGUCUCGGUCCCGGCAUGGGCCCCGGCAUGGGCCCUGGCAUGGGCCCUGGCAUGAUGGGCCCUGGUAUGAUGGGACCCGGCCUCGGUCCACGACCCAAGAUGAACAAGAGGAUGACACGAUUGGGCAUGAUGUAA